AUGUCUAAUGCGGAUUAUAAUAAUGAGAAUUACCCCUACUGCAUUGUCUGGACUCCAAUCCCUAUAUUAGUAGUUUUAAUGGAUUAGUGCAGUUGGCUAUUCCCUAUAAUCGGGCACGUGGGAAUUUGUAAUUCUGUGGGAAUAAUCAACGACUUUAGUGCCUCGUUUACCAUUUCUGUCAAUGAUAUGGCAUUUGGAAAGCCGACAAAGUAUUUGUUCAUUUUUUAUUUAAGAUUUGUUAAACUUAAUCCAGAUUUGACGAAUGGAGAUUUUAGUUGGGAUGAAGCCGUAGAAAACGCGUCUGUUUAUUACAAAUCUCGAUCAUUAAAAAGUUGGGGUGGAUUUUUUUUCUUGUGGGGCAUUAUUAUUUGUAUUAUUUUAAUCGCCUGA